GGUUCUCUGCUUCAUUCGAUGUUACUAGAUGAAAUUAAGACUCCUCCCCUUAAAACGAGUUCGUGUAAGAGUAAUAAGAAUUUUGUGAGCGUCUAUUUAAUUUGGUCACUAUGUAAAUUUGUAACUCAACAAGCUUUUUCAUAAAGGGAUAGUGUUUUCAAAGAUGUUAUAGUCUAGGACAGUUUAUCUUCUUUUUCUGUACUCACAUGGUUAAAACAAAGGACUAGAAAACUAACAUCUUUUGAUUAUCAGUCCCAGGCAUUCAAUAACAGAUACUUAAAUAGGUACUUGGUGAAUGGGUUAGUUAGAAGUAAGAAUACUUUGGCUACUAUUCAUUGCUUUGAAAAGUGUUGGAAAGCAAUUGAAAUUAUUUUCCUUUCCAGCUGGAUUGUGCUCUUAAAAAUAGUGAGUGUGUAUGCAUGAAAAUAAUCAUGACUACUGAGAUGUGUUGCCAUGUACCCAAGGAUAAUUGGCUCACUUACCUGUUUACAGAUUGUUCACAUUGGAGAUCAUAUUCAUAGCUCCAGAAUAGUUUCUUUCUGACACCCAAUAUAAUCCUGGGCCUUCUCCUUCCUACUGUUACCUGGCAUGGGUUUAGGAAGCCCAAACUAAAUUUAAAAUCAGCCUAAACAAAUAUGCAGAUCAGCUCCAGUAAUCAAAGACUGGAAAUCAGGUCAGUGAUGACUAAUUUGGGGAUAUUUUAUAAUAACUGUGCUACUGAUUUUAUUUCAUGUGGACAACUGGGAAUUACCAGUAUUUAAAAAUAACUUAAUAGAUGGGGCUGAAAACUGUGUUAGCAGAUCAAGUCCUCAACUUCUUCCAUUUCUAUGCAUAGGUCUUUACCUCACAAAAACUACAGUCACCAAGCUCCCUGAUGGAAAGGAGCAUCGUGCAUCAAGUCACCAGGCUGGUCCAUCCACACUGCAGACUGGUUCGUCAUCCUUGUACAGCAGUCUCCUCCUCUCCGGCCACUGCAGGGAAGUGCAUCACACAUCAGCAUAUUGGGGCAAAAUGAAAGAGUUUAUUUUGAGGCCUCCGAAGUAGUGCUGCUACAGACCAUGAGGAAGAGAGAAAGUGUGGACUUCAGCCUGCACGAGUGGUCUUGAAACACAAGUGGUUUGGGGUCUAGGCAUUUUACGUUGAGUUUUCUACCACCGCCCUUUCUACUCAAGCAAAGUCCGUGUGAAAAGAUCUGCUGGGAAGGAGCUGACUGCUUCUGUCUCUCCAUUGUGAUGAAAGCACAUGGUACAGUUUUCCAAAGAAAUUAGUUUGUUUUCUGGGUGCAGAGAAACCAGUCUGCUGUCUUCAUAGGGUUUUUCUCACUUCUCUGUGAAAGGAGGAAAGAACACGCCGCCGAGCCCAGGAGCACUGCAGCUUCUUGUGGGAAGUGCCCAUGGUGAAGGAAGGCUGGGGCACCCGGUGAACAGCGCACAGUGAAUGUUAUUCCAGAGCUGCGGCCGGCCGAUCGCACCCAAGGGGAGAUGAUUCCUCAUGAAGAGCCUGGAUCCCCCACAGAAAUCAAAUGUGACUUUCCGUUUAUCAGACUAAAAUCAGAGUCCGGCAAACAGUGAAACAGUCACCGUGGAGGGGGGACGGCGAAAAAUGAAAUCCAACCAAGAGCGGAGCAACGAAUGCCUGCCUCCCAAGAAGCGCGAGAUCCCCGCCACCAGCCGGCCUUCGGAGGAGAAGGCCACAGUCCUGCCCAGCGACAACCACCGGGCAGAGGGCGUGGCAUGGCUCCCGGGCAACCCUGGCGGCCGCGGUCUCGGGGGCGGGAGGCAGGGCCCCGCAGGCACGUCGGUGGAACUCGGUUUACAACAGGGAAUAGGUUUACACAAAGCGCUGUCCACAGGGCUGGACUACUCCCCACCCAGCGCACCCAGGUCUGUGCCGGCGACCACCACGCUGCCCACGGUGUACCCUCCCCCACAGUCAGGGACUCCGGUGUCGCCCGUGCAGUACGCUCACCUGCCGCACACUUUCCAGUUCAUUGGGUCAUCCCAGUACAGCGGUCCCUACGCAGGGUUUAUCCCUCCGCAGCUGAUCUCCCCGUCGGCCAGCCCCGCCACCAGUGCAGUGGCCUCCGCCGGGGGCGCCGCCACUCCAUCCCAGCGCUCCCAGCUGGAGGCCUAUUCCACUCUGCUGGCCAACAUGGGCAGUCUGAGCCAAGCCUCAGGACACAAGGCUGAGCAGCAGCAGCAGCACUUAGGCAGGACUCCAGGGCUCAUGGCACCAGGGUCCCCACCACCCACCCAGCAGAACCAGUACGUCCACAUCGCCAGCUCUCCGCAGAACGCGGGGCGCACGGCCUCUCCUCCGGCCAUCCCCGUCCACCUCCACCCCCACCCCCACCAGACGAUGAUCCCACACACGAUCACCCUGGGGCCCUCCCCCCAGGUCGUAGUGCAAUACACCGACUCCGGCAGCCACUUCGUCACCCGGGAGGCCACCAAGAAAGCCGAGAGCAGCAGGCUGCAGCAGGCCAUGCAGGCCAAGGAGAUCCUGAACGGGGAGAUGGAGAAGGGCCGGAGGUACGGGGCCCCCACCUCGGCCGAGCUGGGCCUGGUGAAGGCCAGCAGCAAGUCGGCGCCUCACCCCUACGAGUCCAGGCACGUGGUUGUGCACCCCAGCCCCACCGACUAUGGCGGUCGAGACCCCGCAGGCAUCCGGGCGUCUGUGAUGGUCCUGCCCAACAGCAGCACCCCAGUCUCCGACCUGGAAGCGCAGCAGGCCGCGCACCGCGAGGCCUCCCCCUCCGCCCUCAAUGACAAAAGUGGCCUGCAUUUAGGGAAGCCCGGGCACCGAUCCUACGCACUCUCGCCCCAACAGGCCCUGGGCCCCGACGGCGUGAAGGCCGCCACUGUCGCCACACUGUCAUCCCACACGGUCAUCCAGACCACACAUAGCGCUUCGGAGCCACUCCCAGUUGGACUGCCAGCCACAGCCUUCUACACGGGGACUCAGCCGCCCGUCAUCGGCUACGUGAGCGGCCAGCAGCAAGCGAUCACCUAUGCGGGCAGCCUGCCCCAGCACCUGGUCAUCCCGGGCACCCAGCCCCUGCUCAUCCCGGUUGGCGGUGCUGACGUGGAAGGGUCGGGGGCAGCCUCUGCGAUCGCCACGUCGUCGCCCCAGUUUGCAGCAGUGCCUCACACGUUUGUCACCACCCCCCUUCCCAAGAGCGAGAGCUUCAGCCCGGAGGCCCUGGUCACCCAGGCCGCCUACCCGGCCAUGGUGCAGGCGCAGAUCCACCUGCCCGUGGUGCAGUCAGUGGCCUCCCCGGCGGCAGCUCCCCCGACGCUGCCCCCCUACUUCAUGAAAGGCUCCAUUAUCCAGUUGGCCAACGGGGAGCUGAAGAAGGUGGAGGACUUGAAAACGGAAGACUUCAUCCAGAGCGCCGAGAUCAGCAACGACCUGAAGAUCGACUCCAGCACCGUGGAGAGGAUCGAGGACGGCCACGGCCCUGGCGUCGCUGUGAUCCAGUUCGCCGUGGGGGAGCACCGGGCACAGGUCAGCGUGGAAGUUUUGGUAGAGUACCCUUUUUUUGUGUUUGGACAGGGCUGGUCCUCCUGCUGUCCAGAGAGAACCAGCCAACUCUUUGAUUUGCCGUGUUCCAAACUCUCCGUUGGGGAUGUCUGCAUCUCGCUGACCCUCAAGAACCUGAAGAACGGCUCUGUUAAAAAGGGCCAGUCUGUGGAUCCCGCCAGCGUCCUGCUGAAGCACUCAAAGACCGACACCCUUGCGGGCAGUAGACACAGGUACGCAGAGCAGGAAAACGGAAUCAAUCAGGGAAGUGCCCAGAUGCUCUCUGAGAAUGGCGAACUGAAGUUUCCAGAAAAAAUAGGAUUGCCUGCAGCGCCCUUGCUCACCAAAAUAGAACCCAGCAAGCCCACAACAACGAGGAAGAGGAGGUGGUCGGCGCCGGAGACCCGCAAACUGGAGAAGUCGGAAGACGAGCCACCUUUGACUCUUCCUAAGCCUUCUCUAAUUCCUCAGGAGGUUAAGAUUUGCAUUGAAGGCCGGUCUAAUGUAGGCAAGUAGAAGCGGUGUGGGGAAAGGAAAUUCGGCUCUCCUUUAUCAUUUGUAUCCAGAUUACUGUACUGUAGGCUAAAUAACACAGUAUUUACAUGUUAUCCUCUUCCUUUAGGUUUCUGUUAUAACCUUGUCAUUAGAGUUACAGCUGGUGUUGCGCAGGAGGCGGGUGCAUAUGCUUUUUCUGAUUGUCUGCCAGUAGGCAAGUGGGGGCUAGAACAGGGCCAGUCCAGGCGCCAGGCAUCCUGGUGGAGAUGAAUGUGGCUUUAAAGAGCCCGCCUUUUCCAGCCGCACAGAAGCAUCCACUGGGCGCAGCUUCUCCUGGUGUUCCGAGGAAGUUUGGAGGGAAGGGAAUUGCAGGGGGUGCGUGUGUGCAGGGCUGCAGGGGUGCCACAACAAGUGAGGGUCUUUUUCUCUCUGCCUCCCCCAUCUGGUCUCACUCUCUCUUGCUCUCAGCACGGGAUUGGAGUUCAAGAGACACGUCCUCAGGAGGUCUCAUGUGCAGAAUAAAUAUCAGGGACCCAGCUUCAGGGCACCCUAGAAAGAUAUCGACAGCAGAUGGAAAGAGAACCGUGUAAAAGAACAUUUUCCCCUCCAACAUAUUUUACAAUAAAAGCAACUUUUAAUCAUAUAGAUAUAUAUUCCCCCUAUGGGGCCUGACUGCACUGAUUUUUUUAAGAGCAACUGCCACAUGUGGGAUUUCGUUUGUGCUUCACUAGAGCAGUGACGUCGCCAGGGUGUCUGGUGGGCGGCGGCGUGCUCCGCGUCGGGCCGGUGGGCAGUGGGGUGGAGAGCAAACACCCAUUCUGGUCUCCGUGCAGUGUUAGGAAAACCAAUCAGGUUAUCACAUUGACUUCUCUCCCAAGAGGUAGCCACAAACUGCCCUUCAGAGAGCACUGGAAGCUCUUCACAUUGGGUUUGCAAAUCUUUUGUCUUUUAACUCUAGUACUGUUUAUAGUUUAUGACUAUGGACAACUCGGGUGCCACUUUUUUCAGAUUCCAGUGUGACGUGAGGAAUUAGAUUUUGAAGACAAGCAUAUAUAUUACUAUCUCUAAGCACUUAAAAUGCUGUUCACACUUUAUUACCAAGCAUCUUGGUCUAUCAUUCAACAAGUACUGUAUCUCACUUUAAAGUCUUUGGGAAGAAAAACAAAAAAAACUAAGUUGCUUUCCUUUUUUCAACACUGUAACUACAUUUCAGCUCUGCAGAGUUUCUCACGUCAAGAUUUUGAAAGUUUCGAUGUGGUGUAACAGGAUGAAUGUGAAUUCUGAACUAGUAUGUGACAAGGAACGACCACCAAGGACAGCCUGGCAGGAAGGCACUUCUCACUUUGAUGUUUGAGAAAGAAUUAAAGGCAUAUGCACAGCUGGCAGAGAGACUGAGAGAAAAGGGAUGGAAAGAAAGAAUACUCAUUUUUGUCCAGUGUUUUUCUUUUUAAGAUGAACUUUUAAAGAACCUUGCGAUUUGCACAUCUUGAGUUUAUAAUUUGUGUGAUAUUCCUGCAGUUCUUAUCCAAUAACAUUGUGGGAAAGGUUUGGGGGACUGAACGAGCAUAAAUAAAUGUAGCAGAAUUACGUUCUAACCUGCCUAAACUGUAGGCUGUUUUAUAAGGUUAUGUUCCUCCCAAGAUUCAUUUUGGUCGUUCUGCCACGUCCGUCACAAAACCCAGGUCUUAGCAGGACAACUCGGAGAAUUUUCUUCAGAUUCAUUGAGAGAGUUUUCCGUAGAGACAUUUCUGUAUGUGAGCAAGUUUUGUUUUUUUUAAACAAUUACUUCAUUACUGUUGUUGUUAAUGUUAUUUCCUGAGUGACUUUUUUUUCCCAUCUGCAAUCGAGUCAAGAUUUAAUGUUUGGUACAAACCCAGAAAGGGUAUUUUAUAGUUUAAGCCUUUCAUUCCCAGAGAACGGAAAUAUUAUUUGUAGGUUUUGAGUCUGCAUUUCAAAGUACUUUUUUAAAAAAGCUUUAUAAGCAGGGAGAAUUUUUUUUUCAAUAUUCUUACUCGGAAUGGCUGCAACUAAUCUGAACAAAUACUCCUGAUUUUUUUUUUCUUUUACCAUUGAAUAUAGUACUUUUUCCAUUUCACAAAUUUAAAAAGAAAUUCUCACGUCAACUCACAUUUUGGGUAUCUGGUACUCCUUCACAUUUUGUUCUCCCUGGGAGUAAUGAUUUUUUUAUAAGCCAUUUUCUGGGAUGUACCAAAAACAUUUGACUAGAUAUAGAAUAGCUAGAAAACCGGUCCUGGACUCUCUUCGAAUUUCAUUCCCCUCUCAGCAUGCCAGCAGAGAGCUGGGCGGGCCCAUUCUCCCAGUCGUAAUGCUUAUUUAGUGCUGUAUUUUUAAAGCGUUUCUGUUCAGAGAACUUGCUUAAUCUUCCAUAUAUUCUGCUCAGGGCACUUGCAGUUAUUAGGUUUUGUUUUUUCUUCUUGUUUUAUAACCUUUGAUGGUAAGAGGAAUACGGGCUGCCACAUCGACAUUGUCCUCAUUAAUUAGUACCACUAAUUACAGCCACUCAUGUGGACUCAGAAAAACACACACCACCUUCCGGCUCCCUCUGAGUACCGAACCAGCUGGAUCCACAGCACCAACACUAAAGUGGGAAAACAUCCAUGGCUUGGAGCAAUAGGAACAUCAUCAUUUUUGUGCUUCUAUUUCAGGUAUAGAAACCGUAAGAGAAUUGGUUCUUUCUAAGCGUUGUCCCAUGUCAUUCUCCUGCUUUAUUAGCAUGUGCAAUACUUUUCGUGCCAAUAGAGUCUGAUCCGUGUGCUCUUGCUGAAGCUCAUAGGCCCUUUCGGCUUAUUCCUCGUUUGGAGGGAAGGAGCCAGGAAGGGGAGAGCCUCCCACUGCGCGCUCCCCCUGCUGCUGUGGAUGCUGAGUGCUGGGCAGGAACCUUCAGGAGCCCAGGCAUCUGUCAUGGGUGCUGCAGAAAGAGCAAAGGAGAUCUGGGGGAUGAGCUGCAGUUCCCCCGUCACCAUGAGGAGUAGUGAAUGUGCAGAGGAAGGAGGCAGAGUCAUCUCUGAGGCGCGCUCUGCAGCAAUAUGGCCAGGAUCGCCCCAUUUUCCAGGCCCUUUUCCGCAAGUGGGCAGGCCCCUCCUCAGGUCUGUGUCCUUGAGACACUGAGCCGCACCUCUGAGCCCCUUGGCAGGAAGUGCAGCCCGGUCUGCCGAGGGCCAGUGGCUGCGGAGGGGCCGCCUGCAAACACUGCUCACCGCUCCUCUGUGGCAGCUUUCUCUUCAAAUAGGAAGAACAUCCAGGGGACAGGGAGCCUCUUCUUGCUUGCGGACAUCGGCGAGCCUGAGGCCCCCCGAGCAGCCUUUGUCACCACUCUGGUGUGGCAAACCUAGCAAUGACAGGCGUAGAAAUUCUCCGGUGCCCUGCCACUUACAAGGAUCAGCCAUGUGCCUCUGUACUAUGUCCACUUUGCAAUAUUUACUGACAGCCGUCUUCAGUUCCUUCUUUCCUGUUUUCCAUUUUUAAACUAAUAACAGCAGGCCUUUUGCGUUUACAAUGGAACACAAUCACUGAGAAAUUAGUCAGGGUGAAAAGAAAAAAUAUAAUAAGAAACCAACAAACAAGAACCUCUCUUUAUAAGGAUUUCUAAAUAUGGAAAAUGACUGUUCCUUAGAAUGUUUAACUUAAGAAUUAUUUCAGUUUGUCUGGGCCACACUGGGGUGGAGAUAAACAGAUGGGUGCCACUUACCUCAAAUCUUUUGAAGUGGAAAUCCAAAUUGCAUUUUCAUUUGGACUUUCAGGAUAAUUUUCUAUGUCGGUCAGUUUUGUUUUCCCUGACUCGCCCAGUUUGGUUUGGGGUGGUUUGAUUUUCUCAUUGCCGUUGUUGACCCCAUUUCUAACUCUGAAGCGUGACCCUCUGUGUUUUUUGUCCGGUGAGUGUGUCGGGUUUUCCCCCCCAGCAGGAAGUGGCAGCAGCUUCCUCCUCCCCUACAUGGAACUCUGUGGAACCUUUCACACCUCUUACUCAGGGACGGGGCUGGCGCGUGAGUGGUACACUGAUGUGUCCAGAAAGCAGCACUUUGGCUGCUCUGGAGUAGGGUUGUACGACUUCAAGGAAUGUUCGGAUUUCCUGCACCUUGUGGAUUACUCCUUAGAUCCUGCAUAGAUUGCAAUAUAAUGCUGCAUGUUCACGAUGAACAGUAGCUCCUAGUGAUCAUAAAAUCCACUCUUUGCACAUAGUUUGAUCUUUACUGAAAUAUGUUGCCAAAAUUUAUUUUUGUUGUAGCUUUGGAAUUUUUUGUCUGUUUUUUAAGGAAACAAUGGAUAGUACCCUUUAACAUCUGUGACUACUAAGGAAACCUAUUUCUUUCAUAGAGAGAAAAAUCUCAGAUGCUUUUGAAGACACUAAUGCCGUGCUAUUUCAGAUUUGGGUGAAGAAGCAGAGCUCUUGGGACCGAAGGCCAGGCUUUUUGAGCUGUGUUGGUUGUCAUGGCUACUGUUUCAUGAACCGCAAGCAGCUCAACAAACUGUGGUCUGUUCUCCCUAAAUCCCUUUGCACUUCCUGUUUCCUAGUCACCCGUGACAACUCCAGGUGACAACAGGGCCGGCAGUCUCCGCGGCCCAGUCCAGCUUCUCUGGCGGAGAUAUGAAAGAAAAGGGAAUUAUGCUUUUUUUUUUUCCAAUUCUGUAAAGUGGAGUGGAGGCCUUUGCUUCCACUUUUGUGUUUUCAACCCAGAAUUUCUGAAACAGAGAAUUUAAGACAACAUCAAGUAAUAACUAUACAGAGAAUAUACUUUUUUAUAAAGCACAUGCAUAUGCUAUUGUGUUGGGUUGGUUUCCUCUCUUUUCCACGGACAGCGUCGUGUUUCUGUCGCCAGGGAAACUCCAAACAGUUUGCACACCUCUGCUCCGGAGCCGAGACUUCCUCUCCGGAGAUGACCUCGCUUCCAAUGUGUUACCUGACCGAUAGGAUCUUUUCUUGUAGCACUAGACCUUGUAGGAAUUUCCUUUUCUUUUUAAUGUACGCCUAAUUUGAGAAACUGAAGAAAACCCUUUUUGAGGCACUCACUUUGAGGAGUACAGGUAAUGUUUUAAAAAAUUGCACAAAAGAAACAAUGAAUGUUGAAAUGAUUCAGUGUUUGAAAGAUACGGAUCUGUUGAAACAAUGAGUUUCAUACCUUGUUUGUAAAAAAAAAAAACAAAAAGAAGAAGCCUAAGGGUUGGAAGUACAUGUUUUUUUUUUGUAUAUAGAAACUUGUCACGUCUAAACGAUUGAUCUGUAUGGUUACGUACGGCCUGGAAGAGUUACCGCGUCGAAGGCUCUGAAACUAUACCUAUGCCUCCUCGUGUUUGUGUUCCACGGAGCCCCCUUCUGCGAGAGGGCCGCUCUGUGUUCUGCAGUUUGAAAAUACUGUCCAUUCCUACGCUGAAAGUACUUCUCUGAGCUCCCUUCUUAGUUUAAACUCUUAAGCCAUUGCAACUCCUUUUUCUUCAGAAACGAUGGUUGACAUUUUCAGCACUUCCUGUUCCAAUAAACCCAAAGAAUAUAAUCCUGAACAAGAAGUGUUUGUAACAAGGGAUCCUAGCUACCAAUAAAACAGGACUCAUGACGAGGACAAAAAAAAAAAAGUUCAGCAUUUUCUCCCCCCA